CGGCGUUGGCGCCAAAAUCAAACCCGCCCUAGGCCGCCCCGCUCCUCGCCUCAGGCGCCGGCAGCGCCAUCGCCACCGGGAAGCCCGCCGCCCGCGCCAUGUCAAAGAAGAAAGGACUGAGUGCAGAAGAAAAGAGAGCUCGUAUGAUGGAAAUAUUUUUUGAAACAAAAGAUGUAUUUCAAUUAAAAGACUUGGAGAAGAUUGCUCCCAAAGAGAAAGGCAUUACUGCUAUGUCAGUGAAAGAAGUCCUUCAAAGUUUAGUUGAUGAUGGUAUGGUUGACUGUGAGAGGAUUGGAACUUCUAAUUAUUAUUGGGCAUUUCCAAGUAAAGCUCUUCAUGCCAGGAAACGUAAGUUGGAGGCUCUGGAAUUUCAGUUGUCUGAGGGAAGCCGGAAGUACGUAAACCUACAGAAAAGCAUUGAGAAAGCUAAAAUUGGCCGACAUGAGACGGAAGAGCGAAUCAUGCUAACAAAAGAGCUUUCUUCACUUCGGGAGCAAAGGGAGCAACUAAAGGCAGAAGUAGAAAAAUACGAAGAAUGCGACCCAAAAGUUGUAGAAAAAAUACGUCAAGAAAAUAAAAUAGCCAAAGACGCUGCUAACAGAUGGACUGAUAACAUCUUUGCUAUAAAAUCUUGGGCCAAAAGAAAAUUUGGGUUUGAAGAAAAUAAAAUUGAUAAAAGUUUUGGAAUUCCAGAAGACUUUGACUACAUAGACUAA